ACGGCCUGAGUGUCGAUACCGCCGGCCUGGUCGUGUCCUCUGGGCAUACAAAGAUCAGCUUCCUCCCGCUCGGCUCGUUACUAAUGGAAUCAUGGGUCGUACGGUUUUCUUCUUUUCUCGUCUUUCUUGGCUCGGUUGAAGGUCUGGGACCCUCUUCGUUUCUAUUGUACCUAUUCUCUUGUCUUGUCUUAACCCCUGCAACACAUUCCCUUUUUGGAUAUCCUUCCCUUCUUUUGUUUCUCUUCUUUCAACAUGGGUUUGACACUCAGAGCUCUUUUCCUGGCGGCAUCGGCGACGCGGGCCCUCGCAUCAUGCGCCCAUGGAACAUUCCUCCGGCCACGCGCCGAGGGCGGGACCGUUGAGGUCGCCACGUUUGGAUAUACCGGGUCUAUUGGACCCCUCAACUGGGCAGCACUCGAGUCCCCGGCCAACGGCGUGUGCGCCACCGGCACCAACCAGUCCCCGAUCGACAUGGUCGAGGGUGUAUUCAGCCUCCUUCAGGGGUCUGAUAUCGAGCUGACCGUCAACGACAUGCCCGACGGCGCCGAGUUCGAGAACCUGGGCACGACAGUUGAGGUGAUCACCCAGGGUGGCUCGCUGGCCGUGGCCGACAAGCAAUUCGAGCUCCAGCAAUUCCAUUUCCACCUGCCCAGCGAGCAUCUCGACAACGGCACAAGCCAAGCCAUGGAGAUGCACAUGGUCUUCCAGUCGGCCGCGCAAGAAAUCGCCGUCGUCGGCGCCUACAUCGCCAUCGCCGACGGCGCCGCCGCGGCCCCCGCCCCCGCCGUCAAGCGCUCGCGCAUCUUCGGCCGGCAGGAAGCCACGCCCCCGCCCGCCGGUGGCGGCGCCGCCGUGGCACCCACCACCCUGCUCGAGACCCUGUUCUCGGUCGUCGACCAGAUCGCCGUGCCGGGAACCAAGGUCACCACCCCGCCGCUCGUCAUGUCCGAGGUCGUCGACCUGCUCAAGGCCAACGCCUUCCAGAUCUACGCCGGCUCCCUCACCACCCCGCCCUGCUCCGAGGGCGUCAGCUGGCAUGUUUCGACCGCCCGUCUGGGGGUCACGCCGGCCUCUUUCAUCAAGGCCCGUGAUGUCAUUGGCUUCAACUCGCGCUUCCCGCAGAAUACUCCCGGUGAGCCGAACUUGUUGAUGAUGUCGGCGCUGGGGUCGGCGACGGCGGCCGUUGUGGCUAUGGCGGGGGGUGGUGUCGUGGGCGCGACGCCGGCGGAGUGAGUGUGGGUGGAAAGGGAGGGGGGUGAGUGGGUUGGGCAUGGUGGUUUGGGAAUAGAUCGGUUGGAUAGAUGUUGGGAGUUUGGUUUGUUUGGUCGGUUGGUGUGGAUGUGUGUAUGUAAGACUAGAGCCUUGUUAGGCAACUAUCUCAGGUUGUCUUGGGAUCACAACAAUACCGUCAAACAUAUCAAAACAUGAACCCAGUUAAUACCUCUCAA